AUGCGUGUGUUAGUAGUUGUGGGUCUUCUGACUAUCGUGUGUGUGGCGCAAGACACGAAGAGGGACAUACAGGAGCCAAAGGAAUUGGAUAGAAGACUACCAGAAGAUCGAAAACGGCUAGAAGACGAGCUGCUUGAUACGAAGAACAAGAUGGUGAACACGGCGGAGGAAUACAACAGCAGAACAUUGGAGAAGAACACUACUGCAAAGGAUUCGGAUCUUUUGAAGAGAGAAAGGAAGCUCGUUUUGGAUGACAAUGUUGAUAGCAGUAACACUGAAAAAGGCGCAACGAAAUUACCAGGUACGUUUAGGAAAAAGCUAAUAGUAUUUGAAGAAAAAGGUAAACAGAACGAUGCCAUUCGUUUGUGCAACCAUAAUGUUUGUGGGAGUUCUAAAUCUAAAUCUUAUGCAAGAAACUUUGAAGUAAAACAAAAUCUUACAGAUGUUAAUGAACAUAAUAAAAAUAUUGAGAGGAAUAAAACAAAUUUUGAUAAUUAUUUUAAGAGGCUUGAAGAAAAAAUGAUUGAUGAAAUGAAUAUUAAUAAGAAACUUCUCGAUAGUGAAAAUGAAAGCUUUGCGUCCAUUACAGAAGUUACGAAAGGCAGCGAUACGCCUUUAGAAAAAUACGACCCUUCAAAGUUUGAAAGAAGAACUUUGACUGGUUCAGAAAUUCUUGUAGAAGGCUUAAACAAACACACAAGAAAUGCUGCUGACAAGAGAAUAGAGAUAUCAAAUUCAAAACAGAACAAGAGUAUGACACAAUUAGUGCAACACAAUCCUAAAGCAUUCCAGAGAAGAACUUUUGAUAUUUGGGGUUUACUUGGUCUUGGUAAAGAAAACACCCAUGAAGACGUUAUAAAAAUAACUAAAGAAGUCCCAGUGCCAGUGCCUUAUACUGUAGAAAAGAAAAUCCCAGUGCCAGUGAAAGUGGAAAUUGAGCGCCCCAUACCAUUUGAAGUACCCAAACCCUACCCAGUACACGUGGAGAAGAAGGUCUAUUAUCCUGUAAAGGAAUACAUUCACGCACCAUACCCAGUCUUCAAAAAGGUACCAUAUUUAAUCAAAAUAGCUGUUGAAAAGCCCAUUCCAGUACAUAUUUCCAAACCUUACCCAGUAUACAUUGAAAAGAAAGUACCAUAUCCUGUUGAGAAGGAAAUUCCGUAUGCAGUGAAAAUUCCAGUUGACCGACCAUAUCCAGUGCACAUUCCAGUUGUGAAAAACGUAUACUACCCAGUAGAGAAGAAGGUUCAUUACCCAGUUCCGGUGGCUGUGGAAAAACCUGUACCAGUUCCAGUUUCAAAGCCGUACCCAGUUUAUAUUGAGACCAAGGUUCCUGUCCCUGUUGAGAAGCAUGUUCCUUAUCCAGUAUCUACGCAAGAAUACAAGGCAGAAAACUUUGAAAAUCAUAACAGCUACGUAAGUCAAGAUUAUGCUAAAGAAAACGGUGGAUUUGUUCCCAUUGAAGAUCCCAACGUUGGAGGUUUAGAAGGAAGCAGUUUUGAUAGUCAGGAUUUUGAGAAAUCCGAAGAUAGUUUCUUACCAUCAGAUAUUGACACAUCAGUGGAAGGUCAUGAUCACUCAAAACUACAGAAGAAAAAGGAUGGGGGAGAAUUAAUUACUCGAACAGUGGAGAAAGAAGUCCAUCUAGAAAAGGAGAAGACAACACAACCGCCACCCAAAGAAAUCAGAAAAGAAGAAACCGUGGACAACAAACAAAACAGAGAAAGUAGCAAGGAUGUCCAGUUCGGACAGAAGAUUUUGAAAACGUGA